UUUUCAGAGAAACUUGUAGCAGAACUUAGAUGGAGACGAGUCCUCACACACCCAGUGAAUGUGACUCUGAAUCCGGACACAGCUCAUCCCCGACUCAUCGUUUCUGAGGAUCGGAAAAGUGUGAGGCAGGGAGACAUCCAGCAGGAUCUGCCUGACAACCCUGAGAGAUUUGAUUAUGAGUGCUGUGUGCUGGGCUGUGAGGGAUUCACCUCGGGUAGCCAUUACUGGGAGGUAGAGGCGGGGGAUGGGAAGUACUGGGCUGUGGGGGUGGCCAGAGCAUCUGUGGGCAGGAAGGGAGAAUUCAUGUCUAACCUAAACCCUGAGGUGGGGAUCUGGGCUGUGAGGCUGUACGGGGGUCAGUACCAGGUUCUCACCUCCCCAAAGAUUCCCCUGACCCUGAGGUGCGGCCCCAGCAGGAUCCGGGUUUGUCUGGACUAUGAACGGGGGCAGCUGGCAUUUUUUGAUGCUGAGAACCAGGCCCCAAUCUUCACUUUCCCGCCAGCCUGUUUCACUGGAGAGAGAAUCCACCCCUGGCUCUGGGUCAGGGGCGGGUCCCAGCUCAGCCUGUGUCACUGAGGCACGGGGGGAAAUAUCCCACUGAAAUCAGAAUCCCUAGUGUCUAUGAUCUGGGAGGCUCCGUGGGGUCUCUGGACUGUAAACACCAUAGAGAGCAGGAUGUCAUCAAGAAGAAGACGCCAAGCUCAUUGCCCCAGUGAUUGUUCAGUGUGUUUGACUCUGUUCUGUAUGAUCCAGGAGGACUGUAGCCCAGAGACUGACAGCUGGGAACCCAGGGAAGGGGGAAAUGGAAGUGAAAAGGAAAGAGGAAAAAGAGGGUGACAGUGAAACUGGUAAAUCCUAUUGAAAGUGAUUGUGUCAUUCAUCUCACAGUUCAUCCGCUUGCUGCUUUAGUUCAUGAAAAGGGGGGCCUUAAAAAUGCUUUGCACAAAUUUUGGCCACUUUUUCUUUUCUCGUUAUUAAAUAAUCCCUUCCGUGUUACAUGACGGCCUCAUAUUUACGGUAAACAAUUUUCGAUAAAUAGAGCGUCCCUGUCUGCUGGGUGUUUCUCUCAUUUUCAUGAGUGGUUUGUUUUCUUCUUGUGAAUUUUAUUUUGGCGGGAACAGGUAGCAUCAGGGGAUUUGAGCCCUCACUGAUCAAAAUGCCUCUAGGAGAAGCCUGCAUGUGAAUCGGAUGGGUCUGUCGGCAUUACAAAGUGAUGCGUUGCUUCUACACUCUGGGACUUAGGAUUUCUCCGGAAAAAAAGAUUUGCUCAGGUUGUGGUCACAUGUCAGUGUGCGCUUGUGACCCUUAAGCACCCCUGUAUUCACACCCUGUUGUAAUGAUGUUUGUCCAAAAGUUCCUUGU